AUGAAGCAGAGCAUUCUAUUCGCCGUGGCGGCCGGCCUCGUGGCGGCUCUUCCUCAGCCUGAUUUUGGUUCCAUCGAACUCGAAAACGUAACACUCUCCGAAUUCGAGGCCAACGACCUCAUCGCCCGAGGCAAGGGCCCGUGGAACGGCCCGGUCAUGGACAUCAGCUUCCCGGACCCGACGCUACUCAUCGACGGCAACACAUGGUGGGCGUACGCGACAUCAAGCGACAACAACGGACACAUCCCGCUGGCCGUCUCCAACGACGGCAACAAGUGGACCUGGACCAAGACGGACGCCAUGCCCGACGUCGGGUCUUGGAUCGACCCCAAGAACAAGGGUAUCUGGGCGCCGAGCGUGUUCAAGAACGACAAUGGGAAGUACGUCAUGUACUUCUCGGGCCAACGAAAAGGCGGGCGCCGCUGCGCAGGCGUCGCCACGGCAGACCGCGCGCAGGGCCCGUUCAAAGCGACAUCGCAGCCGCUGAUCUGCGACGACGCGGGGGGCGGGAUCAUCGACCCGGUGCAGUUCGACGACGGCAAGUACCGGUGGGUCAUCUGGAAGGUCGACGGCAACGCGCUAGGCGGCCGGACGACGUGCACCGGCGGCCCCAAGACCGGCGACUACAAGCCCACGCCCAUCCGCAUCCAGAAGGUGUCGCGCGACGGGCUGACGCUGCAGGGCAGCCCGAAGACGAUUCUUAACCACGCCGGCGAUAAGGACGAUGGGCUUGUGGAGGGCCCGGCCAUGUAUAAGCGGAAGCCGGGGUCUUAUGUUCUGUUCUUCAGCACGCACUGCUACAAUAGCGAUAGCUACGAUAUUCAAUAUGCGUGGGCGACUAAGCCGGACGGAGACUUCGCGCAUCGGAAGACUCUAGCUCGUUCCGGUCCUAACCAGCCGAUCUACGGGCCGGGUCACAUGGACAUUGCUUCGGACGGGAAGACCAUUGCGUUUCACGGCCGGGACAAGCCGGGUAACCCCAAGGAUACUAAGCGCCGCAUGUACAUUGGCAAGAUCAAGUUUCCUGAAGGCGAUUAUAGCGAGGGUAUUAAGGUGCUUAACUAUCAGGGUUAG